AUGAACGUUCAAGAAUUGAUAAGUUCUAAUAAUAGCGAUACUGACAAUGAACCUGAAUCCACAAGACCGGUAAAAAAGAGCAGACCAUGUCAUCCAGUUUGGAGUUAUUUUUCAUGGAAUGCAAAUAAUACGAAUAUUAUUUGCAAUAUAUGUCAACAACUCUAUAGCCCUGGUACAGGUGUUAGCACAAUUAAAGAACACUUUACCAAAAAUCACAAAACCGAAUGGGAACAAAUUGAACAACAAUUGAUACUUCCUCAUAAAUCAACUGAGGUAUAUAGUAUAAAAAAAGAUCCAAAGAAAAUUGCGCUUAUUAAUGCUAUACUUAUAAGAUGGAUUAUAUGUGAUCAACAGCCAUUUUCCAUCGUCGAAAAUGAUGAAUUCAAUCUUCUAAUUAAAAUGCUUAACCCCUGGUACAAGUUACCAAGUCGACAAACUAUCUCACUUAAAAUACAAGAGUUUUAUGAAAAACAACAUAACGCUUCAAAUAUGGAUGUGUUUGGACGUGAAUUGGCACGUUUGCUUUUAGAUAAUCAUGGAAAUAAAUUAUUUCGUCGUGUUAGGUGUGCAGCACAUGUUUUAAACUUAAUAGUAAAAGAUGGUCUUGAUGUAGCUGGAUCUUCAAUUAAAAAACUUAAAACUACUUUUAAUGAAGCUGUAAUUCUUGAUCCAAAUAACAAGCUAAUGCCAUUUAAUAAUGAAGAGGAAAGGUAUGAAGCACGAUAUGCUAUUUAUACAACUUAUGAAACAAAUUAUGCAAUCAGAAGCAGUGGUAUUUCAAUAACAGAACCGUCUGAAUCAGAAACUUCUCGUGGUUAUUUUCGAAAGAAAUAUGGUGUAUCUAUAAAUCAUGAUGAUAUUCUUAAAGAAUAUCUUGAUUUACCUGUUGAAGAAAUUAAUAUUCUUGAUUACUGGAAAGCUAAAUCUAAAAAUUCUCAAUGGAUUCAACUUGCUUGUAUGGCACGUAAUUACUUAGUAGUUCAAACAACAAGUGUAGCAAGCGAACAAAUGUUCAGUAUAGCCAAAUUUAUUAUUAGUCCAACUAGAAAUCGUAUUGAGCCAGAAAAGGCCUGUGCUUCUCUCUGUCUUAAAACUUGUUCAGAACUGAAACAGUCUAUUUUAACUGGUUUAACAUCCCUAAGGUGGACUGUAAAGAUGGAGGGAUACAGCACGUUCU